CAUGGCCGAGGAGCGUCAGGCUACUCGGAGAAAGAACUUGGCGUCUCACUUCAGUUUGAGUUUGCGGGGCGUCCACCCACCUUGCUGAUUAAUAAAAUUAAAGAAAAAUAUUACACGGGAAAGAAAGAAAGACUCAAUUAUGCUCUGAAUGGAAUUUUCUUCCUCAAAGUUGGAGUUGAUCGCAUCUGUCUGAUUUGGUGGAUUUACAUUCAUCUUGAAACGCCGCAACAACACAUUUCAUGUUUUCAUUUCAUUAGGUGGGUGGGCCAGUACCUUUGUCGCUGCAGUCAUGGAGAGGCACUUGCCGCUGACAUGCGUGCUCAUCUGUUUGCUCCUGAGAACUUUGAAUGCACAGGGUAGUGCACCUGUGGGAGUUCUUAACUGCUGCGAGGGAGACGUCCUUUUCCUGUUGGAUUCCUCUGGUAGCGUUUCAUCCUAUGAGCACUCCCGAAUGCUCGACUUCCUAUCUGAGCUCCUCCUGCCGUUUUCCCUGGGGGAGGAUCAGGUGAGGAUUGGACUUCUACAGGUGGGCACCCAACCACGCCUUGAGUUCGGAUUUGAUCGCUUCCACACUCAAAGUGGCCUGCAAGGGGCGUUGAGCGCCACCAAACCCCUCAGGGGGGACACCAACACCGUAGACGCACUGAAGAUGGCAAAGAAUCGAGUGCUGAGACCAGGACCUGGAGACGGGGCUCGCCCGGGGCUCCCUAGGGUGCUGGUGUGGCUGACGGAUGGGGUGAAACCGGGUGACGUGAUUGGCCCAAUGGCUGAGCUGAGGGAGGAGGGGGUGGCCGUGCUGGUGGUCUCCACCGGGCAUGGUAACUAUCAAGUAUUGAGGCAAGUUGUGUCGCUACCUGCUGAGAACCACCUGUACUUCGUGGACAUUGAUGACAUGAGCAUCAUCUUAGAGGAUCUGCGGGAUGCCAUCAUCGAGAUAAUCCGUGCCGAGCGUAUCAACGUCCGGGAUGUGUCCUCCAAUGCAGCCACGCUCCAGUGGCGACCUGUUCUAUCCGGGUUGGCAGGCUACUACGAGAUCCGCUUUGGUCCACUUCCAUCAGGCGGGACAGGAAGUGGAGGAAGCGGUCAUGGGACCAGUCCCAGCACUGGUGGUAGUCAGUACCAGAGACUGGUCCAAACAUCAGAAUCCAACACUAUCAGGCUAACAGGCCUGAAGCCUGACACCACCUAUAGUGCCACUUUGACACCAGAGUCCAAUCAACAAACCUUUAACACACUGUCGGUCAGCUUCACGACACAAUCAGAGGUACAGAGUCCAACUGUGGUCACGGUCUCAGAAUCGGGGCCGACUAGCGUUCGAGUGAGCUGGGGUCCUCUCCAGCCGGAGACCGUCUCAAGUUACUACAUAGAAUACUCUGCCCUGCCCACCGGAAAGCUGCAUACUGUCACAGUGGACAAACGGCAAAACUCCACGCUCCUGAAGAACCUCCAAUCAGAUAGCACCUACUUGGUCACCGUUAGCGCCCGACAUUCAUCGGGCAAGGAGAAGGCAAUGUCGAUCAAAGUCUGCACGCAAGAAGUGACUCCAGCCCUGGAUGACCUGCAGCUGACCACAGUGGACAGCCACUCGGUGCAGGUGGACUGGAAAGGCAGCUUUGAUGGUUUGACGGGCUACUGGCUCACCUGGGAAGGACGACAAAGAGUUGCACAGCGUUCUUCUUUCUACUUGCCACCCAACUCCCUGUCCACACGACUCACCAACCUCCCUCCUUCUGCAAGGGUGUGCGUGUCACCCAUUUAUAAGACAGCACGGGGUGAGGGACUGUGUUGCACGGCAAAAUUGGCCUCAGAUGCGUCAACGUACGGCUACCGAUCAUAGCACUGCCUAACAGCGAGUGCACCUAACCAAACAUGGAGGCUCACGGCAAGAAGAACAAUGUUGACAUUUUAUUCAUAUUUCUUUUCCAUGCUUCUCCUCGCUCUGCGGAUAUAAUCCAGGAAUGAUGUGUAGCUUGGCAUACUGAGUACUCGUGUGGAAAACAUAGACACUAAAGAGUGGUCUGGUACAAUGGAGCAAGCCGUUUGCCAAAAUUUGAAACACCCAACAAAUAUUUUUAUAUUUUUAUUGGCUUGCCCAGUUAAAAUAUUUAAACGCAUAAUUCAUAUUGUUGAAGUGUUCAUGCUGCCCCACUAAGCUAAAAUAAACAUAUCUCAAUUCAAUCAUACAUAGUUAUUUAAUCACUUUUAUCGAUCUUUUUAAUGUGAAAUUUUGUAAAUUGCUGUUCAAUUAAGGAGCAUUUUUAAAACAAAAACAUUUUGACUAAAUAAAUGCAUCACAGAUCUUUUUCUAAGGCCAGGCUGGGAAUAGUGUGAUAGAUUUAGGUUGUUUGGGACAAUGUUUUGCACAACCUCAUGCCCUAAACAUUUGUUUUGAUUCAUUUUAUUUUACAUACACCACAAGAGAAAAGUUAACAUUUGGUCUAUUUGUUUAACGAGUGAAAACAGAAAACAUUUUUGUAUGAUAACAUACUGUUCUGUAACAACCCUUGAGUUUAAGAGUCGUGUUCCUGACCCAAUACAUAUUUAUACUACAAAUGUCUGAAAAAAUAUACAAAUUCUGUCAUUCUUAUUUAUUCACUCCAGACACCUGGGAUUAUAGUAAUUAUGAAGAGUGUAUACACUAUGAAGACGUUAUUUUUUUCCAAGGCUGUUACUGGUUUAAUAUUUGCUGCCAUCUACUGUCGGCAAGUACCGCAGGUUCAUUUCAAUAUUAAAGUAAUGUACUGUUGGCAACACAGGUCCCUUUGUAAUUACGUGAAUGUGUGGAUUAAUCCAAAUAAAUGGGAACUAGUUGAAUAUUAAAUGAAA